CUCCGCGGGGUGCCCUGUAGAGAGGAAGCCGAGCGUGCGUCUUGUCCAGCCCCGCGGGACUGUGGGUCAAAUAUUCCCACUUAACACUGCUUCCAGAGUAAUUUCAUACAAAAUUUAUCCAUGGCCCAGGCAAAAAACCUUAAGAAGAUAGAGGUAAAAUUUUGCCUCCCCUACAGUUUCUGGUUAUGAGGUUGGGAUUUCAAUGGUUGGGACACUGAGAGAUCCUGGGACAGCUGACAAAAAGCCAGCAGAAGCAUUGGUCAAGAUAGCAAAAAAGAUGAACACAAUAGAAUGUGAGUCCAAUGAGAAGAGUCACUAGAACGUCUGUGGGAGCACAGAGGAGAAACUGCCCAGGAGUCAAGAAUGUCUUCACAGAGGAGUGAAGAUGAUGUUUGCAAAAGACAUGGUUAAAGUAAUGGUUGUCAUGUUCGCGGUUUGUUUUCUUGCAAGAUCGGAAGGGAAGUCUGUUAAGAAGAGAUCUGUGAGUGAAAUACAGCUUAUGCAUAACCUGGGCAAACAUCUGAGCUCCAUGGAAAGAGUGGAAUGGCUGCGUAAGAAGUUGCAGGACGUGCACAACUUUGUUGCUCUCGGAACUUCUAUAGCUUACAGAGAUGGUAGUUCCCAGAGACCCCGAAAAAAGGAGGACAAUGUCCUGGUUGAGAGCCAUCAAAAAAGUCUUGGAGAAGCAGACAAAGCUGAUGUGGAUGUAUUAAUUAAAGCUAAACCCCAGUGAAAACAGAUGUGAUCAGAGCA